AUGCCUCUCGAUGUUCUUCAUACCUCUUUGAAACGUCGCAAUUGCAGCUUCAAUGGUGGUCAUUACGAGGAAGGUCGCCAUGUUUGCUUAUGUUUUGCGACUCUGUGGGGGCCGCGAAAUUGGUGGUUUAUGAUUGACUGCGUGUUUAAUUUCGACUUCUUUGAACUUCAGAAUCUCAGAAUCUCAGAACAUCAGAAUUUCAGAAUCUCAGAAUCUCAGAAUUUCACAACUUCUGAAUUCGAUUUUUCAAAAUCUGAAAUUCUAAACUUCUAUGACAAAAACACAAAUCAUAAUUACAGUACUCCUAGUAAUUUUCAAGCAUCAGAAAGAAGGAAGAUAUCGAUUUUAUAUUUUAUUGUAUCAGAAUUUCAGAAUUUCAGAAUUUCAGAAUUUCAGAAUUUCAGAAUUUCAGAAUUUCAGACAAAUCUCAGAGUCUCAGAAUCCCAAAAUCUGAGGAAUCACAAAAUUUCAAAAUUUCAGAUCUGUAAUGCAAACUCAGUUCUACAGUAUACGCUGAUUUCUCAGCCAAUGCCUCUAUUUCCAAUUCUAGCCGGAUAUUGCGAGGGGUUCUUAGCCAAGUAUUCAAUAUUUGGACCCAUUAUUUGA